AUGGAGCUAGGUUUAUGGAUUGUGAUUGGAGGCGGCAUCGUAGGUGUCUUCGUUUUAGUAGUACUAGCUGUAUGCAUUGUAUCAAAGAAACGUAUCCAAUCAAGUCCACCACCAAAAAAAGACGCAUUUAAGGAUGAUCCUUUUGAAGAGUCAGGCUGUCCAAAAAUUUCUAUCAAGGAAGUGUAUUUAGCUUCAAACAAUCUAAGCCAAUCAAAUUUCAUUGGUGAAGGAACUGCUGGGAAGGUGUAUAAAGGAAUACUGUCAACUAAUCAGCAUGUAGCAAUUAAGCACAUCAUCAAUGAUGGAAAUGUGGAGACAUUUGCCAGAGAAGUUACAAGCUUAUCACACAUCAGACAUCCCAACCUCGUUACUUUGCUUGGUUAUUGCGUAAACGAAGAUGAGUGUUUCCUUGUCUACGAGCUUUGUCCCAAUGGAAACCUCUCAGAAUGGCUUUUUGGGAAAGAUAGGAACCUGCCCUGGAUCCAGAGGCUUGAGAUUGCAAUUGAUAGUGCUCGAGGUCUAUCAUUUCUCCACACAUAUCCAGAAGGCUGCAUUGUCCAUCGCGAUAUCAAGCCAACAAACAUUCUUCUUGGGAAGAAUUUUGAAGCCAAGCUAUCAGACUUCGGACUCUCUAAGAUCAUUGAACUGGGUGAAACCUAUGUGAGUUCCGAAGUGAGAGGAACUUUCGGUUACGUUGAUCCUAACUAUCGGAGCAACAACCAUGUAAAUUCAACAGGAGAUGUCUACAGCUUUGGAAUCGUACUUCUACAAAUCCUAUCGGGGAAGAAGGUUGUCAACAUGAAUCUGAACACACCAAUGCCAUUAAGUAAAAUGGCUAAAGGCCUCAACAGAAGUGGCGGCAUCAAUGAUUUUGCUGAUCCUAAACUUGAAGGAGAAUACUCAGCGGAAGCUUUUGAUCUCACACUUCAGUUGGCUCUGUCAUGCACAGCACUUAAACAACAAAGACCUUCCAUGGAGCAAAUUGUUGCAACAUUGCAAGAGGCCCAUGACAUGUCAACAGAGGCAAAGGCCUCCACUCCUGAAGUUUCAACAGAUACUAGCAUUCAGUAUUGAAAGUUUAAAACCACGAAACAGAAUCAGAAACUAUUAAUUACUUUAAUUCUAAUGAGAAUAUUUUGUUUUCUUAGAUAUAUUUGGGUUUGUAU